ACCACGGCGUCGACUGCGGCGGCGGCUCGGCAUACCCCUGAACCUUUCGGCGGAGUAGCUCUGCUUUCGCGCCUCGCGCACCAGUCCACUAGCGAUCCUCGAAGUGAGCGGGGCGCGCGCCCGCCACACUCACACGUGCAACCGAACUUUCCCUUCUCUUUUUCCUAAUUCGUGCACGCUCGACUCUCGUUCACAUAAUCGCGCUGCCCAUAUAAUCACGUCCACUGCUUCGCCCGCGCAACCUAUCAUACAGUACGUACAUAGUGCAUCUUCGUAGAAGUACAACAGUGCCGUAGCAAGGAUUCCAGGAAUAACAAUUGCAACGUCGCCAGGAUACCUAGGCUUUCAUACACAGUGUGCGCGAAGACAACAGUGCGAAAGAAGACUGGCGCAUGCGCGGCAAAGGUCGCGGCGCCGCUCGCGCUCUUUCUCUCCUCGCAGUCUCCGCGAGCCCAGAGAAUCAAUAGCAGCGGCAGCAGUAUUGCCGGCGCUGCAUCGGGGCCGCGAGAAGAUGGCAGCCGCUUCGUCGUGCCGAGACUAACCCCGAAGAUUCGGAUACCGCGAGCUAGCCCGUGAGGGUUCGCCGCCGACAUGGAUAUCGUGUAGUCGCGAAAUCCCUUUCACCCCCGUACGCGCCAUUGCGACACGAGCAGAGUUUCGCCGAGCAGCAGCAUCAGCAGCAGCAGCAGCAGCAGCAGCAGUCGAUCAGCCGGCCAGGAUAAUGGAGUCGAUGGCAAACCAGCUGCUCGUCUCUGGCAAGAGCCUUGACCUUACCGGAUACCACUCCACCUUCUACUCGCCACCACCGACCGAAGCAUCGAGGUCGGGCUACGACUCGAGCAGCGGGGACGACAGCGAGGUCGAGUACAGCUCGUCCGGGCUCUGCAAUCAAGCGGCCUCGUCCUCGCAGUCGACCAACCCCAGCAGCGGCGCUGCCAACAACUCAGGCCAAGGGAAACAUAUCAAUAAAGGUCGAUGGACCAAGGAAGAGGACGCUCUGCUGAAGCAGCUGGUGAGCAGCGCGGAGACGUCGGGGAACGGUCUGCGAUGGGACGGCAUCGCGUCCCACUUCCGCGACCGCAGCGACGUCCAGUGUCAACAGAGAUGGGCUAAGGUCGUCAACCCCGAGCUCGUCAAGGGCCCAUGGACCAAAGAGGAGGACGAAAAGGUGGUGGAGCUGGUGCAGCGGUACGGCCCGAAGAAGUGGACGCUCAUAGCGCGACACCUCAAGGGCAGGAUAGGCAAGCAAUGCCGGGAGCGCUGGCACAAUCACCUCAACCCCGGCAUCAAGAAGACUGCCUGGACGGAGGCCGAGGACCAGAUCAUCGUGGAGGCACACCGACGGGUCGGUAACCAAUGGGCCAAGAUCGCCAAGCUUUUGCCCGGCAGGACGGACAACGCCAUCAAGAACCACUGGAACAGCACCAUGAGGCGCAAGUACGAGGCCGAGGAGGGCAGGACGACCAGCACAAGAGGUCGAGGCAGGAGAAAAGCAGUGGAGACCAGUUCGUCGAAGGCUAGCGAACGCAAGCAGCAACGCAACCAGCACCAGCAGAUCACCUCGACGACGUCGCUCAACAGCCAAGACAGUCCUGCUGUUUCGGCCUUAACCUUCGCCAGCGAUCUCGAUCAACUCGACUGGGCGCGUGCGUGGGAACAGCAGCAGCAACAGCAGCACUGUGCCGAACAGCAGCAGCAGCAACAACAACAACAACAACAACAACAACAACAACAGCAUCGCAAUCUACACGUGGAAGAGCGACAAGUCGUCAGUGAUCCACUCGAUUCGCCCCCAAGACGAAACCGCGUCGAGUCCGUCUCGCCGUUCUCCAACAGGUUCUUUGGUUUGGAAAUGAGCGAACCGCAUGGUUCAAGGUCGUCCGAAGUACAACUACUACCCAUGCCCGACCUCGAAGAGGAAUCGGACUUGCAUGAAAGAGAAAAAACUAGUCCCCCGCCGAUCCUACGCAGGCGGCGAAACCUGCAGCUGGAGCAACAGCAGCAACAGCAGCAGCAACAACAACAGCAGCAGCAGCAGCAGCAGCACCAUCACCACCACCACCAUCACCAUCACCAUCAAAGAACCGACACUCCCGACAGUGGCAAUCAAUCAGACUAUCUACUACACUCGUAUCAACAGUCCUCAUCCUCGCAGAUCGGCACCGCGCCUUCUACUCCCAUCAAACAGCUACCCUUCAGCCCAUCCCAAUUCCUCAACAGUCUUAGCUCCGAUUCUGCUUGGCCUAGGGCGAGCACGCCUAGAGGGAGUCCUGGCCCGCUCACGACGCCGCAACCGUCUACAUUACGUCGGGAAGGUACGACGCCGAGAACGCCCACUCCUUUCAAGAAUGCGCUGGCUGAAUUGGAGCGACGGAGUGGCGCAACCACACAAUUGCCGGCAACUCCUAGUCGAUUGGAUGCCCUCACAGAAAUCAUCAAGCAGGAGACCGAUCGUGAGAGCCUUGCCGGUACAAGUAGUGGCAGCAUGCUUGGCGACUCGGGCUACGGCACCGGCAGACGUCGUGGCAAAGAGAACAGUGCACCCGGCGGCAAGAGAGCGCGAAAAGCUUUGUGUCAAGCCUGGUCUGGGACUUCUCACGACACCGGCUCUGAAAUGAGCUUCGCCGUUGAAACGCCGAGCAAAAGUCUGGAUACCUCAGUAUUGUUUUCGCCAGCCUCCAUGGCCUUAGACGACAGUUUUUUGGCAAAUGGGCCAAGCCCCGUUAAGACUCCCCACGACUUUGCGCCCGUACAGCGGAAGCCCAACGCCAAGAGAGCUAUAUCAUUUGAUACGUUCGACAGCCCAAACGACUACAGUCUGGCGCCGUCCAAACGUACAAAGACUAAGUUGGAAAUGCAGUGGACGGCGGUGGCUUGUGGUCGAACUCGAGACCAAGUUGAAAUGACGCAAGCGGCUCGGCAGUUUCUCACGAUCAAUGGAUUCACGCCGCUUCGACCGCGCUCCCUCAACUUCUGACCCGACUCCUUAGUCAAAGUCGAACAGCAGUGAGACAUCGUCCAAGAGGCGACGACCCGACUGAUAUUUAUGGACUAAUUGAGCACGAGUUUAUUCUUGUGAUUGUCAGUGCAAAAGAAUUUUCGUUUUUGUUUUUUUUUUAUUUUGAAAGAUAUUUUUACACGCGCGAAACACGAGAAAGCCCAAUAAAAUAUUAGCGAAAAGUGGCUCCGCUAUGCGUUUAUUUCAGUAAUACAAUGGUCGAUGAAUCUCAUCAAUCAUUAGUUUUUAGAGUUGCGUCGCGUAACUUGCGCCUGCGAUACUGUGCUCUCUCAGUUUUAUAUCAAUUUUCUUCUGUAAAGUUUCACCGACUCAUGCUUGUCUUAUUCCCGUUUGCCCGCUGCGGACAAUUUUCUUUUUUAAAGUGUCUAUCGUAGGGAAAAAAACUUUAUAUUAUACAUGUAUGAUGCACUACUUGUGUCGGUUUUCUAAUUUUCGUCUAGCGAAGAAAAUGAGUAAAUGAAAAAAAAUUAUAGCCGGUUUAUUUGAUAGAAUAUUAUAUUAUAAUAUAAUAUGAAACAUUAUUGCGGCCGUUAUGUACAAAGAGCCUUUGUAUGGAUAAUUUAAUUUACAACCAAACAAUAAAGUAGCGUUGAUCACGCAAAACGUACAUUUUGAAUUUGUUCAAUUUUGGUGUAUAUUAAUAAUGUAUAAAUGUUUAACCGUCAAAAGUCAAUACAAAUGGAAAGAAAAGAAAACAAUAUUUUUACUAAACUAUAUGUGGAAUGUGCCUGAACAAAAAUUCACGCAUAAAAAAAACACUCUUCAAAUACAUGUACAUACAUUGCUCAUUAUUCAAUACAAUUUUUUAACGUUUUCAUGAUUCAAUAUUAUAGAAUUCGUACACCGCAAGUAUUAUGCCUAUUGUCAAUAAUAUCAUGAGUAUAAGACUUCCUAAUCUCACUAGCAAGUUAUAUCAUCUCAAAAACAGUUUAUGUGCUUAAAUACUAAAAUCAAGCUCAUUGAUACUAUUUUAUUUAUAUAUGUAUAUAUAUAUUAAUCAUUACAGAAAAACUUUGUUAUCAGUACGUUUCAUGAUGUUGACUUGUCCUUUGGUUUGAUAAAUAUUGGAUGCUUUGUACUUAAAUGCAUUGUUUUAAAAAGCAACCAUCGAACCAAUUUGAGUUUUCUACAUAGAGUACUUGUAAAAAUGAUUCAUUAAAAACUAUAAAGACAACAAUAAAAUGCCAUUUGUCGUAUCUUACAAAUAUCAAUUGAAAAUAAAAAGUACGAUCAAUUCAUUCAUUUUGAUUUAAAAAGCAUUUUUCUAAUCGAUGUAUACAUUAGGAAUUCAUCAAUAGAAAUAAAAUCUUUUAUAACUUUUUUUAAAGUUACUAUUUAUGGAAAUAACUGGGAACUUAUAGUUUAUUAAAAAUUCUUAAUAAAUUUAUAUCAAUGAUAAUAUUGUUUUUUUCGACACGCUGUACGAAAAGUACGACUUUGCCGCACGUUCGGCGAAAAGCGUGCGAUCAAUUUCGCGCUUUUCACACGUUGUUUGAAAAAUACUAUACUUAACAUGUUCAGGAAAGAGAUUCUCGUCUUGCGUUUACACGCGAGUGAAGUGAGGAAUCUAUUUUUCCGUACUAAUCAGGUAAUUUACUAAAAUUCAACUUAUGCUUCUAUUAUGCAAUAUACUUUAUCCUAACUAUUGCGUUAUUAUAUAAUAUUUAUACUAAUUAAAUAUUGUUAUAUACGUCAUAAAAAAUAUACUCGGCUAGUAUGAAAUGCAUUAGUCACUAAACAGCUGAUUAGAUUUGUUUUAUUUUUGUCAAAGUUAUAAGAGAUUAUUAUACUUCAAUUAUUAAUCACAUUAUCAUAUCAGGUUCAAAAGCAGAAAGCUACAUUUUAUUUAAAAUUUUUUUUUUCGCAGCUUGAUUAUAUAAUGGUAAUGUGAAUUACUGCAAACAUCUAUAAAUAGAAAACUACUAAAUCUUUUUCAUUUUCG